GAUUAAGUUAAAUUUUGGAUGUAUAUUUAGAUAUGUAUCAAAUUCGUAAAGACUAUAUACUACCUAAAAUCAUUUAAAAUUAAAUAAUUAAUAUUUUAGUAUUUCAAUUGUUUAAAGAUUCUUGUAAUAAUGUCAAUAUAACAAAAGUAAAUAAUAUUUUUUUGCAAUAAAUUAUAUAGUGUUUUGAUAAUAAAAAUAUUUUGAAUUAAUUAAAAAAUUAUUGUAGAUUUAAACUAUUAAUCUAAAUAUAUUUGGAUCAGGAAACGAGAAUCGCUAAAAGCAUCGGGAUCUCGUUUCCUUUCUUUGGCCGAAUUGGCGCCAAAAAAUUGCUUCACUUGCAAGCUCGCAACCUGCGAAGCGGCGGCGGUGACGGCGACGGCGACAAUGGCGUCCAAACAAGAAGAAGAAGGGGAAGAAGAAGAAGAGAGAGAAGGGGAAGAGUUCGCAUCUUCCGACUCCGAGCGAGGCGAGGAAGGAUCUGAUUACGAAGAGCAAGAUGAUGAAGAAAUCGAACAAGAAGGCGACGAACCCGAGGAGAACCAAGCGUGCUCCUCUGAGUCUCCCUCGUCCGAUCAGGAUAGGAAGUCCCAGAACGUUGCCGCCCUUUUGAGAGGAAAUCUUCAUGUAAGAAGGCAGCCACUUAUUCCACGAAUUCUCUCUGUCUCUGAUGGAGCAGCAGUGGCUAGAAAACCAUUUAAGCCACCGUGCUCCAAAAGAUACAAGGAUCAAAAUGAUGAACUAUCUCGACGGCUUUGGGCUCGUAAAAGGUUUGUUCCAUGGGGUUCAUCAGCACCAAGGAGACCAUUGGUAGCCAUUGACUACAUUCAGCAUCCACCUAGCAUUAAUAGUGAUGAUCCUGAAAGAGAAGAUCAGCUUCUGCCACCUGGGAUAGAGCCUUUAAUUUUAUGGCAGGCAGAUGGAACAGACAAAACAAAUGAUUUACCUCAAAUUGAGGUAGAUGCCUUACUUGUUCGCUAUCUUCGUCCUCAUCAAAGGGAAGGAGUUCAAUUUAUGUUUGAAUGUGUGUCUGGGUUAUCUGGUUCUGAUGGUGUCUCUGGUUGCAUUCUGGCCGAUGACAUGGGUUUGGGUAAGACACUGCAAUCAAUAACUUUAUUGUAUACACUCCUUCGUCAAGGCUUUGAUGGGAAACCAAUGGUUAAGCGUGCAAUGAUUGUUACUCCCACAAGCCUUGUUAGCAAUUGGGAAUCAGAGAUUGAUAAGUGGAUUGGACGAAAAAUUAGAGUUGUUGCUCUCUGCGAAACUACACGAGCCGAUGUUCUAUCCGGGAUUGAAAGUUUCCUAAACCCUUGCAGUGCUUUUCAGGUGCUUAUCAUAUCUUAUGAGACAUUCAGAAUGCAUUCGUCAAAGUUUGAUAAAAAUGGAAGUUGUGAUCUUCUUAUAUGUGAUGAAGCUCACAGGCUUAAGAAUGAUCAGACGCUAACUAAUAGAGCAUUGGGUGCUCUUCCUUGUUUAAGGCGUGUCCUAUUGUCAGGAACACCAAUGCAGAAUGAUCUUGAAGAAUUUUUUGCCAUGGUAAACUUUACAAAUCCAGGAAUUCUAGGAGAUGCUUCAUAUUUCCGACGAUACUAUGAGGCACCAAUAAUUUCUGGACGAGAGCCAACAGCAACUCUAGGAGAAAGGAAGUUGGGUAUUGAGAGAUCAGCAGAACUGAGUGCAAAAGUAAAUCAGUUUAUACUUAGAAGGACAAACACAUUGUUGUCAAAUCACUUACCACCUAAGAUAAUUGAAGUGGUAUGCUGUCGAUUGACUCCUCUGCAACUUGAACUCUACAACCAUUUUAUUCAAUCAAAAAAUGUUAAGAGAGUCAUAUCUGAAGAGAUGAAGCAAUCCAAAAUUUUAGCAUAUAUAACUGCUCUAAAGAAGUUAUGCAAUCAUCCAAAGCUCAUAUAUGAUUCUAUCAAAAGUGAUAAAUCAGGAACAUCAGGAUUCAGUGACUGCAUACGAUUUUUUCCUCCUGAAUUAUUUUCUGGAAGAUCUGGCACCUGGACUGGUGGUGCUGGAGUAUGGGUGGAGCUAUCUGGAAAAAUGCAUGUCCUGGCACGACUACUUGGACAUCUUCGUCAAAAGACAGAUGACAGAAUCGUUCUUGUAUCCAACUAUACUCAGACAUUGGAUCUCUUUGCUCAAUUGUGCCGGGAAAGGCGGUACCCCUUUUUGAGGCUUGAUGGAACUACAUCCAUUGGAAAAAGGCAGAAGCUGGUCAAUUAUUUUAACGAUCCAUCUAAGGAUGAGUUUGCAUUCCUUCUAAGCAGCAAAGCUGGUGGCUGUGGACUUAAUUUGAUUGGCGGAAAUCGUCUGGUUCUUUUUGAUCCAGAUUGGAAUCCUGCUAAUGACAAACAGGCUGCAGCAAGAGUGUGGAGGGAUGGACAAAAGAAGCGAGUCUAUAUCUAUCGAUUCUUAAGUACAGGAACCAUAGAAGAAAAGGUGUACCAGCGUCAAAUGUCGAAGGAAGGACUUCAGAAAGUUAUUCAGAAGGAGCAAGCAGAAAGUGAGAUGCCACAAGGGAACUUUUUCUCUGCAGAAGACCUGCGUGAUCUUUUUACUUUUCAUGAAAAUGUCAGGUCUGAGAUUCAUGAAAACAUGAAUUGUGCGCGUUGCAAGAAAGAGCCAACAGCAAUGGACAGAACUUCGAAUGAGAUAGAGUUAGAUAAUCUUGGGGGCUCAUGUGAAGGAAAAGAGCAGCCCAAUGUUGCGGUGAAUGAUAUUGGUGGAUUUGCUCAAGUUGCUGGAUGUUCACAUAAAUUGCAAAGCUCACAGCGACAGCUCGGAACCCCAUCCGAAGAAGAUUUGGGAAGCUGGGGCCAUCACCCAGACCCAGCAACUGUACCUGAUGCAAUUCUUCAAUUGUCAGCUGGUGAUGAGGUGGCAUUUGUAUUUACUAAUCAGGUGGAUGGAAAGCUUGUUCCUGUUGAAUCUGCAUCAAGAUCCCAAAACCAGAACCAAACCUAUGGGAACUUAAUGGUGUCUGCAAACUUUAAACAACAAAACCAAAACACUCGCCAAAAGAGUUUAGCGACUGUAGGCACCACCGUGUCGUGGGAGUCAAAGUCGAUAAGAAGAACAUUGCCCAAAUUACAUGCGAUUGAGAAGCCUAAUGCUUCUUUUGGCGGUCUAUCCUCCCUCAAAAGGACACCUACCUCUGCUUUGUCUGACGAUGAUUUCACUUAAACCAGCUUGUUUGAUCCUUUAUUAAACCGAAACUGAUCCUCUGCCGCCACACUCAAAUCGGUAUAUACCACAGAAACAAAGUUGCAGAUACUCAACACAUUGGUGAAGGUCCCUUCUAUAUCUAUAAUCAAACGAGCCUCUUUUUCUUGUUUUUUCAUGUUGCAGUCAUCAUUAUUAUCAUGUUUUUGCAUAAAAUUGUCAUUCGGUUUGUAUUACUUUUGUGAACAAAUAUGAAAAUAAUUAAUUUUAG